AUGGCGAAGCAUCACCCUGAUUUGAUCAUGUGCAGGAAACAGCCAGGCAUUGCUAUCGGACGACUGUGCGAGAAAUGCGACGGGAAGUGCGUGAUUUGCGAUUCUUACGUGCGUCCGUGUACUCUGGUGCGUAUUUGUGACGAGUGCAACUACGGAUCGUUCCAAGGGCGGUGUGUUAUUUGCGGAGGAGUUGGGAUCUCGGAUGCUUACUACUGCAAAGAGUGUACGCAGCAGGAGAAGGACAGAGAUGGUUGUCCCAAGAUUGUCAACCUUGGGAGUGCCAAAACCGAUCUGUUCUAUGAGCGUAAGAAAUAUGGAUUCAAAAAACGAUGA